CAUUUUUUUUAAUCAUAUAAUUUACUACUUCCGCUUCCGGCAAACCGACAGGAAGAGGCGGGGCCUCAGUUCAGGACGUGAUCCCUGCGUUGUUCAUUCAACAUGGCAGCGGGACCAAUUUCAGAAAGAAACCAAGAUGCCACGGUGUAUGUCGGCGGCUUGGAUGAGAAAGUGUCAGAGCCGCUACUGUGGGAGCUUUUCCUGCAGGCUGGUCCUGUGGUCAACACACACAUGCCCAAGGACAGGGUGACUGGUCAACAUCAAGGUUAUGGCUUUGUGGAGUUCCUUAGUGAAGAGGAUGCUGACUAUGCCAUCAAAAUCAUGAACAUGAUAAAGCUCUAUGGCAAACCAAUUCGAGUUAACAAAGCCUCUGCGCACAACAAAAACCUGGAUGUGGGUGCAAACAUCUUCAUUGGUAAUCUGGACCCAGAGAUUGAUGAGAAACUGCUGUACGACACGUUCAGUGCCUUCGGCGUGAUCCUCCAGACGCCAAAGAUCAUGCGAGACCCGGACACGGGUAACUCCAAGGGUUACGCCUUCAUCAAUUUUGCAAGCUUUGACGCAUCAGACGCCGCCAUCGAGGCCAUGAAUGGCCAGUACCUCUGCAACAGGCCCAUCACAGUGUCCUAUGCCUUCAAGAAGGAUUCCAAAGGAGAGCGACAUGGCUCAGCUGCAGAGCGACUCCUGGCUGCACAGAAUCCUCUCUCCCAGGCAGACCGGCCACAUCAGCUGUUUGCAGAUGCUCCGCCACCACCAUCUGCUCCAACACCAGUCCUCACUGCAAUGGGAGCUGGGAUGCCCAUCCCAGGCAUGCCACCACCUGUGUUCCCACCUGUCCCUCCUCCAGGAUCCAUGCCCUCAGCAAUGCCACCUUCAAUGGCCAUGCCUCCAAAUACAGGGGGAGGCCCACAGGGUGGUGGUGGGCCCCCACCCGGACCACCACCCUUCCCUCCGGGCAACAUGCAUCCAGGUAUGCCUCAGAUGCCCAUGCCUCCCCCUGCUCCUCCUGGCAUGGUGCCUCCACCUCCUGCUCCCCCCGGAUCAAAUCAAUCACGGGCACCACCUCCCCCUGGCAUGCCCCCACCCCCGCCGAUGGGCAUGCCACCCAGAGCUCCGUACGGACCCCCCAUGGGUCCACCUGUGCCUCCAGGUAUGAGAGGUCCUCCUCCUCCCAUGCCUCCACCUGGCUAUGGCGCUCCUCGUCCGCCUCCCUUUGGCUUCCAGAGAGGACCUCCGAUGCCUCCAAGGCCCCCCGGUGUCCCGCCACGCGUUCCUAUGAGAGCACCAAUGCCGCCAUAAUCCCACUUCAGACUGCUGAGACGAGCUCUCAUUUGGCUUUUUUUUUUUUUUUUAAACAUCUUAAGAUCUACUCUCAAGUUUGUAAUAGUGAGAAUAAUUUAACCACCUGUUUGUCUUUUUUGUUGCCAUUGUACAGAUGAAGACCUUUGACAAAUAAAAUUUUUAGUACAAA